GCCUUUCGCGACGCGCGGAGGCCUAAGAUGGCGGCGGCCGGAGCUAGCGAGGCCUAGCAGGGGCUGAGGCGGUUGCCAUGGCAGCGGCGAGAGGCCUAGUCCGGCCGGGCGUCUCCUGGGCCUCGAGUUGGGCCUUGAGCCGAGGCCUCGGGGCGGGAAGGAGGAGGAGGGCGCCGGCGUGGAGCUCCGCCCGCCCAGGACUCAGCGCCUGUUUCUUGAACGCGGCACCCCACCCGCUCGGCCGUUCCCCUGUUUGCUUCUACGGAAAUGACUCUGCCCUGGAUUACAUCCUCGGCCUUUCUAAAGAAGAAACCAAGUGUCCGGUAGGGCAGCACCCGCCAUCCGUGAACGCCUUUAAAGAAGAGCAUGAUGAUCUGCUGGAGCACCCGCCAGACCAGCCAGAAAAUCCCAAAAUCUUGAGAGUGGCCAUUAUCGGCGCUCCAAAUGCUGGGAAGUCGACUCUAUCAAACCAGCUUCUGGGAAGGAAGGUCUUGCCAGUCUCCAAGAAGGUGCACACGACAAGACGGAGCGCCAAAGGCAUCAUUACGAAGGAAGAUACCCAGCUGAUUAUUUUAGACACACCUGGCCUCACUACUCAAGUCAAAGCCAAAAGACAUCACUUGGAAAAAUCCCUCCUAUACGAUCCCUUGAAGAGUCUGAAGAGGGCGGACUUAGUGCUGGUCCUGGUUGAUGUGUCAGACCACUACACCCGGAACCGUCUCUCCCCUCAAGUGCUCCGGGCCCUUGCCCAUGUUCCAGCAAUCCCCAGCGUCCUUGUCUUGAACAAGGUUGAUCUGCUUAAGAAGAAAGAUAUUCUCUUGGGUCUGGUCACAGAACUCACUGAGGGAGUUGUUGACGGAAAGACGCUACAAGUCAAGUUGGUUUUCAAGCCCAAAUCCUCAACUUCUACCAGCAGCCCAUUCCCUGAGGCCUCCCUGGCACCAGAACCCUCUGAGAGUGGAACUGGGAAUCCUGAGGUUCAGCAGGCUUCUCAUGGACCCCGAGUAGACUCUGGGUCGGACACAGAGGCUGGUAUUACCACGGAAGAUGGUGGCUCGGAUCCCACGGAAAAUGGCAGAAAACAGCAGAAGAAAAAGGGUCAGAAGGGUUGGCCCCACUUCCAAGAGAUCUUCAUGCUGGCCGCUGUCGAUGGAGAGGAUGUGGAGACGCUGAAGAGUUACCUCCUGAAGCGAGCCAAGCCGGGCCCCUGGGAGUUUCACAGCGAGGUCUUGACCAGUCAGUCUCCACAGGAGAUCUGCAGUAACCUCAUCCGUGAGAAGCUCCUCGAGUAUCUGCCAGAGGAAGUGCCAUACAGUGUGAGGCAGAGGACGGACGUCUGGGAGGAAGGACCUGGUGGGGAGCUGUUCAUCCUGCAGAACUUGGAGGUCCAGAAAGAGACCCACGUGAAGAUGUUGAUCGGUCAGCGGGGUCACUUGAUCGGCAAGAUCGCCCAGGAGGCCGGCCAAGACCUGAUGAAUGCCUUCCUGUGUGAUGUGUGCCUGAGGUUGUGUGUGCAGCUGAAGAAGUGAGCUGCCCGACUGGCACUGCCCUCCUAGUUGACAUUGUGGAACGGAAGGGAGCCUGGUGAGCCUUGACCCCUGAACAUUGGGCUCGCCUUUCCAACAACAGAGUCCCUCUCAAGCUAUGAAUCGGCCUGGAGAACUUUGCCAGAUGCUGUGCCUCACCUCCUUUUUAUCCCAGAGACAGUGCCUUGAGAUUUUGGGGGACAGGCCUCGCUUUCUCUUGUCACUGCCCAGCUUGGACAGCUCCCUUUGAGGUGACCAGGAUCUCUUGGUUGGUGGACUAGCCUGGCGACAGACAUUGGUUUAGGACAAUAACCACCUCCAUGCUCCUGCCCAGGAUGGAAAUGGUGCCAUUGGUAUUAUGGGACCUUUCCUGGGUAAGGUUUGGCUGCCCUCCCUCAUCCUGGUCUUUACGAGGCUGACAGAAAGACUGUUGUGAUCUUGUUGCUGCGGUGUGAGCGAAGUGUGUCCCUGUCCAGGACGUGGCUCAGGUUGGUCUGUAGCAUGUCUGGAUUAUAAAACAGGUAACUCAA